ACCCCAUACCCCGCAGCUGAUCCCCCACCGCGAUAUGUAGCUCCGGCUCCGCUCCGCACCUACCCGCAACGCCGGAUCACGCUCUAGAGCGCCGAGGCACCCUCCAUUCCCCCGCCAUUUCCCGUGUUAAUAAGGCUAGCGAAUUCCCUCAUCUCGACAGGCUUGGGAUGAACUUAAUCUCCAUGUCUCCGGCACGCAAAAUUGAAUCCUCCACUUGCCGCUGUCGGGCCGGUCGACGGGAGAGUUGGAGAUGGGGUCCUAUAUAAGGCCCCGGAUGGUUGGCGGGUGCUGUUACUAUGAUAUCACAGCACAAUGGCCGCCCUCAUCCCGCACUGGUCGCAGCCCUCGCACCCCUCGAUUCUCUCGGUGAUCCACGCCUCCGCCGACCGGGACUCGUUCUCCUCGCGCUCGAUCUCGCAGGUGACACUCCCGGCGGGCGCCGUCUUCGCCGCGCUCAGCACCCCGCCCCUCACCCCCGCAAAGAAGGCGUACUCCACUGUCCAGACCUCCGCCACUACCCACGUAGAGCUCAACUCCGACCUUGUGUACAUCAACCACUCGUGUGCGCCAUCGCUGGAGUUUGAUAUUGCGCGCAUGGAGAUCAGGGUCGCGAGGGAUAUCAAGGGAGGAACCCUCAACCAGGGGCAGGAGUUGACGUUCUUCUACCCAAGCACUGAGUGGGACAUGGCCCAGCCGUUCGACUGUCACUGUGGCGAGGAACAGUGCAGGGGAACCAUCAACGGCGCCGGACAGAUGAGUAGGGAGAAGUUGGAGGGCUAUUGGUUCAACGAGUGGGUUGAGAAAGCCCUGCAGGAGAAGUGGGCCAGUGAGGAAGGGAAGACGAACAGCACUGCCAAUGGUCACUCCAACGGCAUUAACGGCAAGACGAACGGCACCGCCAAUGGCCACUCCAAUGGCAUCAACGGCAAGGCGAAUGGAACCAAUGGUGUCGCAAAUGGCGUCAAUGGCAUCAAAAACGGAACCCAUAGGGAGAGCAAUGGCUUCUCCAACGGAAAUGGCCACUUCCCUGCCACCCCUGAAUUUGUGCCGAACGGAAAGGUUGAGCAGCCUGCGGGUGCUCAGAGGCAGGGCGCGUCGGCAAGGGAAUUGGCCGGAGAAAUGGGCGGGGAUACGAUGUAGGUAACUCCUACUGGGGGGA